GUUUUGGGGUCGCUGCUCCCGGCCGCGCGCCUCAGUUUACCUUCCUCCCCCGUGGCCGCCUCCGCCCUGCCCCCCCUGGCCACGCCCAGCCGCCUGGCCACGCCCCCCGCCCGCCUGGCCACGCCCAUGACCCGCCUGGGUUUGGGCAGAGGGGCGGGGCCGGCGGGGGGAGGGGUUAUGGGGAGGGGGGGAGGGGUGAGAGUGGGCGGGGUCAGCGUGGGAACUGCUCCCAGUAUGACCAGUAUGGGAUUGGGAACGGCUCCCAGUAUGACCAGUGUGACCAGUGUGACCAGAGCCACCGUGGGAACCACUCCCAGUGCUCCCAGUAUGACCAGUGUGACCAGAGCCACCGUGGGAACCGCCGGUGUCACCGUGGGAACCGUUCCCAGUGCUCCCAGUAUGACCAGUUCCACCAUGAAGGCCACCAGUGUCACCGGUGUCACCGUGGGAACGGCUCCCAGUGCUCCCAGUAUGACCAGUAUGACCAGUGCCACCUCCAGUGUCACCAGAGCCACCGUUGGAAUGGUCACCAGUGCUCCCAGUGCUCCCAGUAUGACCAGUGGCACUGUGGGAACGGCUCCCAGUGCUCCCAGUGUCACCAGUGUCACCGUGGGAACGGUCAGCGGCGUUCCCAGUGCUCCCAGUAUGACCAGUGCCACCUCCAGUGUCACCAGAGCCACCGUGGGAACGACCGGCGUCACCGUGGGAACCGUUCCCAGUGCUCCCAGUAUGACCAGUGGCACCAUUGGAACAGCUCCCAGUGCUCCCAGUGUCACCAGAGCCACCGUGGGAACCGCCGGUGUCACCGUGGGAACCGUUCCCAGUGCUCCCAGUGCUCCCAGUAUGACCAGUGCCACGUCCAAGGUUACCAGUGUCACCAGUGUCACCGUGGGAACCGUUCCCAGUGCUCCCAGUAUGACCAGUAACACCAGUGCCACCAUUGGAACGGUUCCCAGUGCUCCCAGUAACACCAGUGCCACCGUGGGAACCGCUCCCAGUAUGACCAGUGGCACCAUUGGAACGGCUCCCAGUGCUCCCAGUGUCACCAGUGUCACCGUGGGAACGGCUCCCAGUGCUCCCAGUGCUCCCAGUAUGACCAGUAGCACCGGUGUCCCCGCCGGGGUCAGCCCACUGGGCGCCGCCAUCCUCAGAGCCACCAGGGCCACCAGUAACACCAGUUUGACCAGUAACGCCACCGGACUGACCAGUACCAUCACCACCAGUAACACCAGUUUGACCAGUCCCACCAGUGUGACCAGUCCAGCACCUCCCAGUACCACCAGUUUGACCAGUGUGACCAGUCCAGCACCUCCCAGUACCACCAGUCUGACCAGUGUGACCAGUCCAUACCACCAGUCUGACCAGUGUGACCAGUCCAGCACCUCCCAGUACCACCAGUCUGACCAGUGUGACCAGUCCAGCACCUCCGACCAUCACCAGUGUCCCCAGUAUGACCAGUGUGACCAGUCCAGCACCUCCCAGUACCACCAGUUUGACCAGUGUGACCAGUCCAGCACCUCCCAGUACCACCAGUCUGACCAGUGUGACCAGUCCAGCACCUCCCAGUACCACCAGUUUGACCGGUCCAGCGGCUCCCAGUGUGACCAGUAUGACCAGUGCCGCCCAUCCCAGUAUGACCAGUGCCACCAGUAUGACCAGUCUAGGGGCUCCCAGUGUCACCAGUGCUCCCAGUCCAGCACUUCAGAAAGUGACCAGCGCUCCCAGUGUGACCAGUCCAGCGGCUCCCAGUGUCACCAGUAUGACCAGUGGAGGAGCUCCCAGUGCUCCCAGUAUGACCAGUGUGACCAGUGCCGGACCUCAGACCAUCACCAGUGUCACCAGUAUGACCAGUCCAGCGGCUCCCAGUACUCCCAGUGCUCCCAGUGUGACCAGUCCAGCGGCUCCCAGCGCUCCCAGUGCUCCCAGUAUGACCAGUGUCACCAGUAUGACCAGUGCUCCCGGUCCAGCGGCUCCCAGUAUGACCAGUGCCGGACCUCAGACCAUCACCAGUGUCACCAGUAUGACCAGUCCAGCGCCUCAGACCAGUCCAGCAGCUCCCAGCGCUCCCAGUUUGACCAGUGCCGGACCUCAGAGCAUGACCAGCGCUCCCAGUUUGACCAGUCCAGCGGCUCCCAGUGCUCCCAGUAUGACCAGUCCAGCGCCUCAGACCAUCACCAGCGCUCCCAGUGCUCCCAGUAUGACCAGUGCUCCCAGUCCAGCGCCUCAGACCAUCACCAGUGCUCCCAGUUCAACUGGUCCAGCGGCUCCCAGUGCUCCCAGUGCUCCCAGUUUGACCAGUGCCGGACCUCAGACCAUCACCAGUGCUCCCAGUGCUCCCAGUUUGACCAGUGCUCCCAGUCCAGCGGCUCCCAGUUUGACCAGUCCAGCGGCUCCCAGUUUGACCAGUCCAGCGGCUCCCAGUUUGACCAGUCCAGCGGCUCCCAGUGCUCCCAGUCCAGCGGCUCCCAGUAUGACCAGUCCAGCGGCUCCCAGUUCGACCAGUCUGGCACCUCCCAGCGCUCCCAGUUUGACCAGUCCAGCGGCUCCCAGUGCUCCCAGUUUGACCAGUCCAGCGGCUUCCAGUGCUCCCAGUAUGAGCAGUCCAGCGGCUCCCAGUUUGCCCAGUGUGGCCCCGCCCACCGGUGACGUCACCACCAAGAGCUCCUCCUCCUCCUCCUCCUCCUCCUCUUCGUCCUCUUCCUCCUCCUCCUCCUCCUCCUC